AUGCUGCCUACCACACGGCUGCUAUCCGCCACACCACGCAAACUUUGUGGCACGCCCCCAAACGAGCACCUCUCGCCGACCCAGCUCUGUCGCGCCCUGCUCCGGGAAGCGUCGUAUCUGCCCGACCAGACUGCGCGCGAAUACUUCCACCGUUUCGUCUUGUGGCGCUUUCGAUCCUACCAGCCCAUUGACAAGGCGUCCGUGUGGUUCAGAGAAAUCAACCAAAAACCCAGAAAACGGCUCCUCGCGACCAACAUCGAUCUCCGAGCUUCAGAGAAACUUCGGAAAGGUCGUCAGGCCCUCUCGUUGCUUCGUCGAGCGAACAAUGGCGAGCUCGAACCCCUGCGGAAGGUUUUACUCGCUGCAUAUGGCCGAACGGGCAGACGGCGCCAUGAAUUGAUAAAGCCUCUGCUACAGCCUACGAUUCCGGAGAACUCGGACGCGCUUGAGGCUAUUAUGAAAGGGACUCCUGGAAACAACAAGAAGCCCCUACAAGAGCUGUACCAUGACGACAGCAGGGUGCUCUCAUUCUUCGACGCUCCCAAAGGGAAGUCAGCCGACAAGGCCGAAAUCAGAAUCUCCAAAGAAUACCCCCAAUUGGAUGCAGUGAUCCAAGCCAAUGGCCAAUACCGGCCAUCAGGCAAUCCCCGGCAGACCCUCAGGUCAACCUCGUUGACAGCGCCGACCACAAAUAUCUGGGGCCGUCCGAUGCCUGUCAAACGUGCGAAGAACAUGGUCAAAGAAUGGUAUAAGAAUGCCAUGGAAAAGAUGCUGCCGCCACUGCCCAAGCAAGAAUGGGAUAGACUCCACAGCCUUGCUCUUGGUGACAUAAAGUGUGAGCCGAUUUCGCGACGAUCAUUAGGAACGGUGCGUCCAGAGCGAGCGAGCAGGGAACCGGGCUCGGAGAUACCCUUGGGUCUCCUGGAACAAUCAGACCUCGCGUCCGAAUUGGGGCUGGCUAAACGGCGUCUACUGCACGGCCUCUAUCCACCCAACCGCAACCGCAUCACGCCUCGCUUUAUGCAGAGACUGUACCAGGAUGUUGCAGGUCUCUGCUGUAAGCUUGUGUGGGAUUCUGGCUGGAAUAAAUGGACUGUUGUGUGGGGUUCUGCGGCCGCAAAGGAGCACCUUCGAAGAGUGUGGUCUGAACCCGUCGAAACCGACCUCUUUGCUGGUGUUGAUGAACGCGGGAGACUACCGAAGCCUCCGAAAAAUGUCGAGCUUUUGCAAAAUGAGGCAGACUUGCAGCACAAAGAAUCGCGAUAG